AAUACAUCACGUCAGCGCCGAAUUCUGAGACGACGGAGCAACUCGGCGGGAUGGAAACGCGCUAAUUUCACCGGCCGCGUCCUGGGGCCUGCGGCAAACCGGCUUCGUUCGACGCGGGUUUAGAAUGACAGGGUGGAGAACGUCGCGCAGGCAAAACCGGAUCGCGAAUCCUCGCGAGACAGCGUCGCGACGCCGGCGUAGUCCCCGGGUCCCGGUGGCUACGAACAAUCGACGCGCAGGUGGUUCCCGGCACCCUAACCUAAAAGGGGACGCCCGCACGCGAGAGAUCGGCGGCCGCCGGGGGGGGCGAAGGGGAGGCACAUGCGAGAAUCGUCCUCUCGCCGAUUCCGCCGAGGUUCGCGGGAUUCGUUAAUCCUGCCGAAUCGAUCGGCCACGUUGCCUAGAGACUGCCGAUCCGUGGGUGCCAGUUUGCGAAUCUCACGGACGACACGAGGGCACGGGGCGCGGCACGUGCGAACGCGAAUCGCGAUUUUAGCGUUGAUCGCGCGAGACGCGUGCAUAUUCGCGGUGGACCGGGCCGGUCUAGCGAAUCUAAGAGCUAUACCGCGGCGGCUCGACGACGCAAAACGCUCACCGUGCUCGAAGGGAUUUAAUGCAAGUCUGUCAAACGUCGCUCUGUGUCAUUAAUAAUCGUGACUGAGAUUGAACAUGGAAAGUUCUCGCUCCGAGGAAACGAAGGUACGAAAGUCCAGGGAUGCGAUUCGAAUACCAAGGAUCCUCGACACGAAGGUGGAGCCGUUGUUUUCCUUGCCGUUGGACUUGACGAGUCCUAAAAGAUAUAAGAGAAAAGGAGGGGCGUUAAUUAAGAAAAUGGGGAAGAUGCAAAGAUUUCGUGACGCGCCUCACGUAGCAGAACGUCUUCGCGAGGAGAAGUUUCGCAGAUUUAUGGUGGGUUUGGUAGUGAAACCAGAGCUGCCAGAGAAGGAUGUAGAUCUGAGCGACGACAAGGACGUCAAUAGAUAUUAUUAUUAUAUUUGCAACGGAGUCGAUACAAUUCACACGGUGAGCAUCGAGGACGUCUUCGUCGAGGCGAUACUCGAUCUGGUUCCCAGCAGCCUGCGCGAUAAAUUUCCCGAUUUUGCCAAUGAUCUGAUCCUUGAAAUCAAGGAAGACUUCGCGAAGAACAUGAAGAAAGCCAUCGUCGAGUUUGCGCUCGCGGAUCCUUUCGAGGAACAUCCCUCAGAGCUCGACGCGGUCCAGGAGGACGAGCGGCGCAUCCAGCCGAGCUCGCGGAAACAUAUAGAGCACUGCCGCGAAAUUUUGUACACCGAUCUGUAUUUAAUAAAUCCAUGCAUGCGAAUGACUCUGGAGCAGUGGGUUCGCGAUUACAGUCAAUUUCGGCUCAUCAAUUUGGAGUACAUCGCCGCGCACGAGGAGAGCUGGGAGCUGACGAAUUUUCAUACUUUAAUCACCCGUCAGAUCGACGCCAAUCGACGGAUACUGAAGAAAGACUGGUACAACGGGAUUCAAGAGAUAUUUCUCGUGAACAAUAGGAAGAAGCUAGUGCCCAGCCCGCUGCGGCGCAAGCAGUUCAAACGAUUCUUCGACUGCGCCGGCAAGCUGAUGGAGUCGCAGCUUUUAAGGACCUGCAAGCGCUCUCUGCGGGAUUUCGUUAAUUACGUCGCGGACGGCAAGCCCGCAGCCUGUCGCUUCAAGGUGAGCAUCGCCGUGGUCUCCAAGGAGCUCGCUUUUCAGCCGUCCUUCGACAAAUUUAAGAAAUCACUUUGCGACGUUCUCGAGGCGAUAUGCGGCGCCGUGAAGAAUUUUGAAAGAUUGGAGACGCAGCUCUAUCUCGAUUGGGCGGGACCCCAAGAAUUUCUCAAGGUUUCGCAUCAUAAAAUAUGGGUGACCAAGUGGAGAACCGAAUCUGCUGUUUUUAAACGUUUCACCGUAAAAUGAGGAUUGCGAAAUAUAGUUAUUUUUCUCCCCGCUGCUUCAUUAUUAACUGCUCGGAAUAUAUUAAUAACAAUUAAAAUCACCGUUUACACAU